UCGAUUGCGCAUCACUAAUAAAGACUACAGAAGUUUUGAGUAGAUUCAAGUAGAGGUAUCUGUGCUAACAUAACGUGGUUGGUGUCGCGCACAUGGUCACGAUGGAUUCGGAAGGAGAAUAUAAUUGUGUUAAACCAGAUAAAAAAAUGAAAGUAAGCCAAGAAAUAUUGAAUUCAUUUUCAAAACUGGCUGUUGAUAAUGAGCAUAUUAGAUUGCAAAGUGAAAUAAGUUUAUUAAAAUCACUUUUUAAAUUAAAAACGAAUCCAAAUAAUGAAGAAUUAACUUAUUGUUUAAAAAGAUUAAUUCGUGGAUUAGGAUCAUCAAAAAUGGUUUCUAGAAAAGGAUUUUUUUCUACUUUAACAACUUAUUUUAAACAAAAUUUAGACACCAAAAUAGAUCAAAUUAUAGAAAUAAUGGAAGCUGAAUUGAAACCAUCAAGUAGCCUUUCUAAAAGCGAGAAAGGUGAUAUUUUUAUGGGAAGAAUAUUACUUUGUGGAUCAUUGAUGAGGUCUAAGUUGCUUUUCAAUUGUCCGCCAGACAAACAGCAGCUAAUUCUAGAAAUUUUAUUGAGUGCUGGUACUCAAAAAAGUUAUUUGUCCUUUAUUUCAAUCUCAUUCUUAAUUGAUUUUAUCGAUCUAUUUGAUGAAAAAUAUAUCAAAGCUAACUUUUGGCCAUUGCUUGCUAAAGAAUUAGGCAAAAGUUGGUCAGAACAUUCUCUAGACACUUUUUAUGCUUUAUUGUAUAUUAGUGUUAAAUUUCCUAGUUUAAUAAAAAAAAAAUUUAUCAAGCAACACUUGGGCACUGAAAAUAUUAUUGAUAAAAAAACUAUUAAUGAUUUGCUUAAAUUAAUAACAGAUACACCUCGGAUUAUAUCAUAUCAACAUCCUUUGUAUAAAAUAUUAUGUCAACUUCUAGUAUCAUCAGAAAAUGUUGUAGAUUUUUGGGAUGGAAUUGAUCAACGAUUCAACGGUCAUCCAUCAAAAAGUAUGGAAUAUUUAGCUUUAGAAUUAUUGAAUUUCAUCGUGCCAAACAUUGAGGACAAAAGUAUAUUGCCAUUUUUAUUAUCAUCAAAUUUUUUAAAUUGGAUGGUGGGAAGGUUUAAUAUUGAUAAGCGUUAUCGUCAUGAUGUUGUAGCAAAUUUAUUUCGAAAAGUGUUGGCUCAUUUUGUAGUAGCAUUAGGUGACAAAGAAAUAAAACCCAAGAUUAAAAUCGCUGUUUUAAAAAAAUUAAUUAAUUAUCCAGGAGAUCUUAUGAUUGAAAAAAUAACAGAAGUUAAAGUUAUUCAACUGAUAACAGCGAGCAUGAAUUUCAAUGGAGUUAAAAAAUUGGCUAAAUUUUAUUGCGGAAUUGCAGAUAAUUCUGAGCCUAAAAAAGCUGGAGAUAAAAAAGAAGAAUUUUGGAAUUAUGCUGAGAGAAGUUAUACCGGUGAAUUGUUGUGUAAACUAUUAGUUCAUCCUACUGUCAAUGCAAAUCAUGGUUGGAGGCUUGAACAAUUGAAAUUUUUAUUUAAUUUGGGUUUUUGUGAAACUGAAAAUGUAAGUGUUGACUUAGCUUCACAUUUUAAAGAUAGUUUUUACCGGGCUUUAGAUGAUAAACUGAAACUCUCUGAUCUUCAUUAUGUUUUAAAUGAAUUGGUAAAGCAUUUAAACAAUGUAUUGUUUUUAAAUAAAACACAAACUCUCAGAACACCAUUAGAUGAAUCAGCCAUUGAAGUUUGGAAGAAAAUGAUUAAUUUUAUUAGUAAACUAAAUGAUGAUUCUAAAAAUAAUGAAGCCGUUUUAAUUUUUUAUGUUAUGGAUUUAAAUAUGGGAUUACAAAUUUUUUCUGAUUCAGCAAUGGCUAUUACUAAUAUCAAUGAAAUUCACAGUUGCUACGAAAGAUUGACGCAAAAAAAAUCUAAAAUAUCUAAGAAGAGAGAAGAAGAUAAUGAACCUGAAUGGGUUGAUGUUAUUGUUGAUCUUUUAUUGUCAUUACUUUCACAAAAUAGUCAUUUAUUAAGAUCACUUGUACAACGCGUUUUUCCACAUAUAUGUCCAGUACUUACAUCAACAUCUGUACAUCGAAUAUUGGAAGUUCUUGAUCCAAAAGAUGAUAAAGGUCCGCUAGUUCCUCAAGGUACUGAAAAUGAUUCUUCAGAUGACGAGUCGAAUUCUGAAGAUGAAGAUUCUGAUGACAAUAAUGAAAGUUCAUGUAAAAAAAAAUUUAGUGAAAGAAAUAAUGACGAUGAAGAAGACGAAGAUGAGAAUGAUGAGGGUGACGAUGAUGACGAUGAAGAAAAUUAUGAUGAGGAUGAAGAAGAUGAAGACGAAACACUUAAUGAUCGAUUGAGACUUGCAGUUAGACAAGCACUUGGAGACGCGUCAGCUCAUCCUGAAGAUAAUGAUAUUGAUCUAGAUGAAAUCGACGAAGAAGAAGGUAAACGUCUCGAUGAAUCUUUAGCUGCUGCUUUUAGAAUUCUUCGGGAAAGUCGGCCGUCAAAUAAAAAGAAGCAAGGAAAAGCUGCAGAAACUUUAACUCAUUUUAGAGGUAGAGUAAUGGAUCUUCUUGACAUUUAUCUUGAUUCCGGGCCUUCAAUGGCUUUGGCUUUAGAUAUGCUUGUACCUUUAUUUACUUUAUUAGAAUUUUGUAUUAAAGACGUUCAUCAGGAACCUUUGAAAUGCCGAGUGCGUUCGUGUCUUAAAAAAUUAUCUUCUGUUAAAAAAUUUAAGGAUACAACAGGAGUAGAUGAGAAAUUGUUGAUUGAUCUUGCAACAAUAUUAAUUGAAAAAGGUGAACGGUCAACUUCUGUCUGUCAAGAGAUGGGAGAUAAAUUAGCUGAAUGUUAUAUAUUUUUAAUUAGAUGUUUUCAACAAACCGGAUUACCUCAAGAUUCUUUAGUUAAAAUUUAUAUUGAGAGUUUAACAGCAUUUUUUACAAAACGUGAUUGCGUUCUUCCAGCAAGUUUAUUUAAAAAUACUCUCCAUUUUAUUUGGACUGGAAACUGGAAACUGGUGCCGUUAAUAAUUGAUUAUAUUUUUGAUAAUACUAUAAGAUCUUUUCGUCGUAGUCAAGCUUUAGAAUUUUUAAUUACAUUCUAUCGUAAUGUUAGAUUAAUUAAAAAUGAAGAAUAUACAAAGCUUCGAUUGAAAAUAGAAAAGAAACUAUGUAAAUAUACAAUAAAAUUACUCCAAGAACUUGUUGCUAAUCAACAUAUUAUCAAAACAGAAAAUGAAUCAUCGAAAGUAGAAAAUAAUGUUACUUCUAAAGAACUUCGACAAAAAUUUGUUUGCUUACUUUGGACGCUUUUAAAUGUCAUUUAUCCUCAUCAUUUACCUAAAGCUUGGGAUUGGAAGAACAUUGCUAGUUUAAUUACUGAAUAUCGACAAAAAAAUUCUCUUUCAAUGGAUGCUAAGAAUGCAUAUAAAAAAUUAGCAUCGCAUAUUGGAGCGUCAACUAAUGUAAGAACUAAAGUUAAAGAACAGGAAAAAAAACCGAUGGUAAAUGGAGUACAUACUGAAAAUUCAGUGGACCAAAAAAAAAAUGAUGACAACGAUGAUGAUAAAAAGAAAAAUAAUAAAGAAUCAUCAGAAGAAAAUGAUGAAGAUUUAGCUAAAAAAUUAAAAAAAGAAUUAAAGAAAAAACUGAAAAAUCGUAGUAAACAGGGAGAUAAACAAAAAUUAAAAAAAGAAGCACGUGAAUUAAGAGCCAAAGCGAUGGCUGAAGGUCUAGAAACUGUUAACUUUAGUUCAGUUAUUAUUCCAAAUGAAAUUACUGAAGAUGAGCCAAUGGAGACUAAAGAAUCUAAAGAAAAUGGAAUAAGAGAAGAAAUCAGUAAGAAUCAAUUGAACAAAACGUCAAUUAAAAAACGCGCAAAUCCUGAUAAUGAACGAUCUAGUAAAUCGAAAAAGAAAAAACAUGUUUAAAUUUUUUUAUCGUUAUAAUUAAAUAAAUUAUAAAGUUGACAAAUCAUUUUUUAUUAUUAUUUUUUUACAGCGACUUAUAUACAAUAAUAAAAAUUGAAAUUAAUGUUUAUAUGAAUACAUCUACAUAAUUUAUGUAACACAAAUUUGUAUAUAACUAAUAAAUAAAAUAAAACAUGUUUCCAUCCUCUA